AUGAAGAUUCUCUUCCUGGCUGUCAGCCUCAGCCUCCUUGCCUCCCUGCAGGCCAAGGACCCCUUGGCCUUGGAGGAGGAGGAUCAGGAUGUGUCAGGGACUUGGUAUCUGAAGGCCAUGGCAGAAGACAAGGAGAUUCCUGGGACGAAGCCGGAGUCUGUGACGCCCCUGACCCUCACAUAUCUGGAGGGUGGCAGACUGGAAGCCAAGAUCACCAUUCUGGUUGACGGGCAGUGCCAGGAGGAGAAGGUCAUCCUGGAGAAGACGAGAGAGCCGGGCAUGUUCGUAGCUGAUGGGAGCAAGAAUGUAGUGCACAUCGCACCGUUGUCGGUACCCGAGCACUACAUCCUCUUCUGUGAGGGCGAGCUGGAGGGGGAACAGGUCCGAAUGGCAAAGCUCAUGGGCAGGAGCCCUGAGAGCAACCAGGAAGCCUUGGAGGAGUUCGAGGUGAUCGUAGAAAUCGAAGGGCUUGAAGCAGGGAAGAUCUUCAUCCCCAAGCAAAGCGUUGCUGAUUCUCGACACCGCCCACAGCCAGACCUUCUGGACAUAAAAGGUCAAAAGUCUACCAGUGAAGACCUUGCCCCCACCGUGGACUAA